UUAGAUUUUCGUUGGGUGGUUUGGAGAACCUCACCAAUCCUUCCUUCCUACCUUCCUACCUUCCUUCCUUCCUUCCUUCCUUCACAAUUCUUCAAUCAUUUCACAUCGGCUUCUUUCUUUCAUUAUCAAUAAUAUAAUAUUAUACUCCUCUUUCCUAACUACAUUCUUAUUUCCUAAAAAACAACAACUCUUCUUUUUCUUCUUCUUCUCUCAUCACUUCACUUGAUAUUCAUCAUGGCUCCUGACAAGGUUACUGUCAUGAUUUUGAAUGUUGACCUCAAAUGCUCCUGCUGCUACAAGAAGGUCAAGAAACUGCUCUGCAAGUUCCCUCAAAUUAGAGAUCAAGUGUUUGAUCAUGACAAAAAUAAGGUCAGGAUCACCGUCGUAUGCUGCAAUCCUGACAAGUUAAGGGACACACUUUGUUGCAAAGGUGGAAAGGCCAUCCAGAGYAUUGAGAUCGUCGAGGACAAACCCAAGACUAAGAAGAAACCCGAAGAUAACCACAAGCCACCCCAAGGUCGUAGUGGAGGGCCAUGUUACCCUGUUCCUAUUCAAGCGUGUUGCCAAGAAUGCUCCCAAGGUCGUAGUGGAGGGCCAUGUUACGAUUUUGGAUAUAAUUACGGAAGGCCUGUACCACCUCCACCAUGUCCAUGCUACGAUGGUUAUGGUUACCAAUACGCUCGAAACAGGCCCUGUUAUGUGACUAGGUGUGAUUGCUUCAGUGAAGAAAAUCCACAGGGGUGUUCGAUAAUGUAAGAAAAUUAAUGCUAGCUGAUGGCGGCCAUUUUUAGUCUUGAUCUUCAAAGAUAAAAAAGUCUCCUUUUCGUGUACCUUAAAGACGAGGGAGAGAAAGAGAGUGAGACAGCACUUGUUUUUUGUUUCAUACAUAUAGUAUAUAUAUAUGACAAUAAUAAAGUAUAGCAGUAAUAUAUA